CUUUCUGUUCUGGCAUUCUUUCCAUUGUCCGCCCCGGCAGCUUGGCUGGUCAACCCGGACACACCGAGUAUCCAGUCACCUGGUAAUAUCUACCCAGACCACCCGGCAGCAACGACUUCAGAAGAAGCCUGUCAGUCACUUCUCCACCCCUUAGAAGGAAUGGUACUCUGUCUCCUACAUCAGGAAUAAGUUCAGGUGGUAGAAAAUCGUCGGCAGUUUUACUUCAAGAAACAACAAGAAGCAUUGCAAUGUCUAACGAACAAGAACAUACGUACUUCCCCCCUGGGUAUACUAAAUGCGAUCUCAAAGCAGGAAGGAUGAAGGUUCCUACUUUCAAGGUGACCAAUGAGAGAGCUUGGACCAAUCCUACCCCUACCCCCUGGGGACGAGACAAGAUUUCUUUGGAUUUUUCGCGGCCAGGUGGCGACUUUAACGUUCUGUCUCCAGAUAUGGCGCCUGGUGUAGUUGGAAAAUUCAGAAGUUUCUACUCAACCAUCGAACAGGUGAAGGCUGCUUUCAUCCAGUAUGACAUCAACCGGGAUGGAAACAUUUCAAGACAAGAGUUGGAGGAUGGAAUGGUUCAGUCAGGCCAGUUCUCGUUUGAUGAAGCUCGGGCAGCUUUUGAGAUUGCUGAUAUUAACGGUGACGGAGAAAUAGAUAUUGCUGAGUUUGUCCAAGUGAUGUUCCCAUCUGCUGGAGAGAUUGUUGCAAACUUGAGGAAAGGAUUCAGAAGCAUGGAGGAUGUGGAAAAUGUUUUUAGAAGCUGGGAUUUGAAUCAGGAUGGUGCCAUCUCCUUUACAGAGCUGCAGUCUGCUGUUUCAAAAACUGGAAACAAGCUCUCUGAAGAAGAAAUGAAUGCAAUUUUUGUCAUUGGUGAUGUUGAUCAAAAUGGAGAAAUUGACCUUGAAGAGUUUAAAAGACUGAUGCUGCCAACUACCUCAGAUGUUGUAACCAAGUUUAGAUCUGCUCAUAAGUCUGUUAAAGAUGUUCAAAAUGCUUUUAAGAGGUUUGAUAUGAACGGUGAUGGAGCCAUUGAUCGGGAAGAGCUUGCUCAAGCUCUUACAAGCAGUGGCCUGGAUUUUACCCAACAGGAGAUCAACGUCAUUUUCAAUGCUGGAGAUGUCAAUAAAGAUGGAACCGUUGACUAUGAAGAAUUUGUGGGACUUAUGUGUCCCUCUGCUUCUGCCAUAAUAUCAAAGUUUAGAAGCCAGUAUAAGAACAUUGAAGACGUUAGAGCAGCUUUUAAAAGAUUUGAUCGAAAUGGCAAUGGAGCUCUUUGCAAAGAAGAACUUGAUGCUGCUCUGAAGAGUUCAGGACAGUCGUUCUCCUCUGUUGAGGUGGAUGCAAUUUUCAGUCUUGGAGAUCAAGAUGGAGAUGGAGAGAUUACUCUGCUAGAGUUUGUAAAUCUUAUGAGCCCAUCUGCCUCUGAAGUUAUCACCAAAAUCAGAGCAAACUUCAGAAACCUGUCAGAUAUCAAAGCAGCCUUCAAAUCUAUUGACACUAACAAUGAUGGCCUGCUCAGCAUGGAUGAGAUGAUUGCCUCUUCAGGGGCAAAGUUUGAUAGAGAGGAAAUAAAAGCCAUUUUUGAACUGGGUGAUGUAAACGGUGAUGGAGAAAUUGAUAUGGGUGAGUUUAUUGGAGUACUUUAUCCUUUGGCUACUGAAAUUGUUGCAAAGAUCAGCGAGAGUUUCAAGAAUAUUGAGGAUGUUAAAAAUGCUUUUAAGCUACUGGAUCAGGAUGGUGAUGGAUCCAUUACAAGGGAGGAGAUGGCAAGAUCAAGUCAUAAAUUUAGCUCUGAAGCAGUUGAAGCUAUCUUUGCCCUUGGAGAUAACAAUGACGAUGGAGCUUUAGAUCUUGAAGAGUUUAUUGGAGUAAUUUGUCCGUCGGCUGCAACAAUUAUCUCCAGACUUAUCCAAAAAUUCCAAAAUAUUAGUGAAAUCAAAAAAAUAUUCACUACUCUAGACAAAAAUAGGGAUGGCCAAAUUAGCAGAGAGGAAAUGAUGUCAGAUGGAAGAUUUAGCAGCCAUGAAAUUGAUGCAAUAUUUGUCCUUGGGGAUGUUAAUGGCGAUGGAGAAAUAGAUUUGGAAGAAUUUAUUGGACUGUUAGCCCCUUAUGCUUCAGAGGCUGUCAGAAAGUUUUCAAAAGUUGUGAAGAACAUCAAUGAAGCACAACAACUUUUUAGAAUUCUCGACAAGAAUGGAAAUGGAUUAAUCAGUCAGGAGGAAAUGAGAAACUGUGGACAAAAACUCAGUGCCAGAGAGAUUGAUGCAAUCUUUGCUAUUGGAGAUGUCAACAAUGAUGGAGAAAUUGAUAUGAAUGAAUUUGUUUCUGUCAUUUGCCCAAGCACUGAAACUUUGGUUGCUAGAAUUAGCAAAGGUUUUAAAUCUAUUGAAGAAAUUAAAGCAUUGUUUAAGAAGUUGGAUAAGAAUAAUGACAAUCAAAUUUCCAAGAAAGAAAUGAGAGGAUCAGGAAUGAAUGAAAAUGAAAUAAAUGCAAUCUUUGCUUUAGGAGACAGCAAUAAUGACGGAGAACUCAGUCUUGAUGAAUUCAUCACUGUUUUGUGUCCUUCUGCUUCCUCUGUUGUAUUCAAGAUCAGCAAACAAUUCAAAGAUAAAGAAUCUGCUGUAGAAACUUUCAAAAAGAUUGACUUAAACCAUGAUGGAAGUAUUAGUAAAUCUGAGAUGAGUGCUGCAUCCUUUGGAACAGGCACAAAGUUAAACCAUAUUGAAGUUGAAGCCAUUUUUGCACUAGGAGAUGUUAACAAGGAUGGAGAAAUUGAUCUUGAAGAAUUCCUUAGUGUGAUGGUACCAGCUGGGGGAUUCUGUCAAUCUUUUUCUUCCACAUCUAAUACACAGUUUAAGCAGAAGAGUUCAGUGCAGUCUUCCUCCUCUUCCUCAUUUAAACAAACUUCUUCAACCCAAAUGUCUUCUUCCUUUUCUUCUUCCCAGUCCUACUCUUCUACAACUACUUAUCAAGCAACUGCCAUGUCUGUUUCCUUUUCUAAUGCUGUUGAGGUCAAACAAGCUUUUAGAAAGUUUGAUGCUAACGGAGAUGGUCACCUGGAUAAAAGUGAGUUCAAAAAACUUCUGUUGUCCUCAGGAAAACACGUUUCAGACAAUGAAGUUGAAAUGCUUUUCCGCCAAGGAGAUGUUGAUGGGGAUGGACUCAUUGAUAUUCAGGAGUUUGUGAAGCUCAUGUUUCCAGCAUCUACUGCCACUCUGACAAAACUUCAAAAAUCAUACAAGAGUCUGAAUGAUGUUAAAGCAUCCUUCAGAAAGAAUGAUUCUGAUGGGGAUGGUCACAUUAGUAGAAGUGAAUUAAGGAGUGUUAUGUCAUCUUUCUCAGAACAAGAUGUGGACUCUAUUUUUGCUCUUGGAGAUAAAGACCAGUCUGGAGGUAUUGACUACCAAGAGUUUGUCUGCAUGAUGAUUCCUAACUCAUCUGGAAUUCUAAGCAGAAUUUCUUCACAGUUUUCUUCUGUUCAGCAGAUAAAAGAAGGUUUUAAGAGAAUUGACACCAAUGGAGACGGAGCAAUUUCUAGACAGGAGCUUAAAAAUGGGCUGAGAUUGAGUGAAGAUGAUCUUGAUGUUGUGUUUGCUAUUGGAGAUCUUGACCAAGAUGGCGAAAUAAGCAUGAGUGAGUUUAUCAGACUUAUGUCUCCAUCUGCUGCCUCAGCUAUGAACAGAUUGAGGAAUUCUUUCAGAGACAUAGCAGAGGUUUUAACUGCCUUUAAGAAGUUUGAUGUUAACAAAGAUGGGGCCUUAUCAAAACAAGAGCUCAUGCAUGGUAUUACAAGUACUGGUCUUCAAUUGAGUAAUCAAGAAUGUAUAAGUGUUUUUGAGCUUGUUGAUGUUAACCAAGAUGGAGAAAUUAACUAUUUGGAAUUUGUCAGUGCACUUUUCCCAGCAGCUGCUGAUGGGCUUGCCAAAUUUAGAGCUCGUUUAGGAGCAAUUACAGAUGUUAAAGUAGCCUUCAAGAGAUUUGAUGCUGAUGGGGAUGGUUCAAUUUCUGUUGUAGAACUGAAAAAUGGUGCUGGACCAGGUUUUACAUCUGGAGAAAUUGCUGCAGUUUUUGCUCUAGGUGAUUCUGAUCUAGAUGGUAACAUCUCCUUUGCUGAGUUUGCCCAAUUAGUUUUACCAUCUGCAAGGGAAAAGGUCGGUCAACUUAGAAAGUCUUUCGCCAAUGAUGAAUCAAUAAAAGCAGCUUUCCAGAAAUUUGAUGUAAAUAGAGAUGGUAAAAUAUCCUGUGAUGAGCUGAGAAAUGGUUUAAAUCAAUCUGGUAUGAGAUUCCAUGACCAGGAAAUCACAACAAUUUUUGCAAUUGCUGAUGUUGACGGAGAUGGAGAAAUCAGCCUUGAAGAGUUCAUGGAACUUCUCGGAGCAGGAACUGUGCAAUCUGGAAAUGUUUCAAGUGGAUCAAUGAGCUUCAAAUCUAUUGAGGAUGUGAAAGCUGCCUUUAAAAGAUUUGAUGUCAACAGUGAUGGUCACCUAGAUAGAAAUGAAUUUAAGCAGCUAAUGAAGAUGGCCAGUUCAGCUUCUUCUGAUUCCCAAGUUGAUAAUCUGUUCAAACAAGCUGACUCAGAUGGUGAUGGAAAAGUAGAUUAUCAAGAAUUAAUCAAGCACAUGUUCCCAGCAUCAGCCCAGGCAUUACAAAAGUUGCAAAAAUCUUUUAAGAGCUUAACUGAUGUAAAAGCAUCUUUUAAACGCUAUGAUGCUGAUGGAGAUGGACAUGUAAAUAAACAAGAGCUUCAGCAAGUCAUGACAGGUUUUUCAAAUGCAGAGGUAGAUGCUAUUUUUGCGCUUGGAGAUAAAGAUCAAUCUGGAGGCAUUGAUAUUCAAGAAUUUAUUUCCCUAAUGCUACCUUCAGCUCCUGGUGUUAUUGCUAAGCUUGCUUUGUCUUUCCGAUCAAUCACUAAUAUUAAAGAAUGCUUUAAGAAGUUUGAUUUGAAUGGGGAUGGCCAAAUUAGCAAAACUGAGCUACAAAAUGGAAUGAAGCUAUCUGACAGUGACCUUGAUGUUGUUUUUGCUUUGGGUGAUCUGGAUGGGGAUGGGGAGAUGUCUCUCAGUGAAUUUGUAAGAAUAAUGAGUCCUGUUGCUUGCAAUGCAGUCAAUAGAUUUAGAAACUGCUUUAGAGACAUAUAUGAACUUGUUCAUGCUUUCCGCCAAAUUGAUACCAACAAUGACGGAUCAAUCUCAAUUCAAGAGCUUGCUUCAGGAAUGAGAAAUAUGCGAAUGAGUUUCAGUAAUGAAGAGACCAAUGCUAUUUUUGCAGCUGCUGACAUCAACCAAGACGGAGAAAUUGGAUACACUGAGUUUGUCAGCCUCAUGAUACCCGCAGCUGGAGAUGCUCUAGCCAAGUUCAGGAAACAAUUUACAGGUAUCAAAAAUGCUCAAGAGGCAUUUUCAAGAUUUGAUUCUGAUGGUGAUGAGGAAAUUUCAUUUGAAGAGCUGGCUGCUGGUAUGGGAAGCAAUUUUAACACUAAUGAAAUAAAAGCUGUGUUUGCCCUUGGAGACACAGAUCAGGAUGGAAAGAUAAGCUUCCUUGAAUUUGCUAAGCUGAUGGUUCCUGAAGCAUCAGAGGCACUAAGUAAGUUUUGGAAAUGCUUCAGAGAUUUGAAGGUUAUCAGGCAAGCCUUCAAGCAGUUUGACAUUGACAAUGAUGGUGCCAUAAGCAGAAAUGAGGUUGUUGAUGGAAUGAAAAAGUCUGGAAGGAACUUUACAACUGCAGAGAUUGAUGCUAUUUUCAUUCUUGCUGAUAGGGAUAACAAUGGCCAAAUUGAUUUCCCAGAGUUUGCUUUGAUAAUGAUCCCAACUGCCCCAGAGAGGAUUUCAAAGCUGAAGAAGGUUUACAGAACCAGACCUGACGUGGAGGCUGCCUUCAAGAAAUUUGAUGCUAAUCAUGAUGGUUCAAUUGACUACAAUGAAAUGAAAUCUGGCCUGAAAAAUUCAGGAGUUCUUCUAACCGAACAAGAAAUUGAGACAAUUUUUGCUAUUGCUGAUGUUGAUGGAGAUGGUCAGGUUUGCAUGGCAGAGUUUGUUCAAAUGCUUUGCCCUUCUGCUUCUCCUUCAACAGGAUCAGGAAAUGCAUCAGAGCUUAUUGCCAAGUUCAGGUCCAUGUACAGAACAAUAGAUGAUGUCAGACGUGCAUUCAACACUUACGAUGCCAACAGAGAUGGUAAUAUUUCCAGGGAUGAGCUUGCAGCAGGUAUGGGGCUUUCUGGUCAGUUUUCUGCUCAGGAAUCAAACCUUAUUUUUGACUUGGCUGACACUGAUGGCAAUGGAGAAAUUGACAUUGGAGAGUUUGUUCAACUGAUGUUUCCUUCUGCCGCAACAAAUAUCUCUGCUUUGAAGCAGAACUUUAAGUCUGAGGAGGAUGUCCUAAGAGCAUUCAAAAGCUGGGAUACCAAUAAUGAUGGUCAAAUUUCUUUCCAAGAACUGAAAUCAGCAGUUCAAAGAUCUGGGCAGAAAUUGUCUGAUGAAGAUAUCAAUUCCAUUUUUGUUAUUGGAGAUAUUGAUCAGAAUGGAGAAAUUGAUUUUGAAGAAUUUAGGAGAAUGAUGUUGCCAUCUACAUCUGAUGUUGUUUCAAAAUUUAGAUCAAUCAGAAAAACUGUGAAAGAUGUUCAAAAGUCUUUCAAGCAGUUUGACAAAAAUGGAGAUGGAUCCAUUGAUAAAAAUGAACUCACCUCAGCCAUGAGCUCUGGAGGAAACUUUACAAAACAAGAAAUUGACGUUAUCUUCUCUGCAGCUGACAUUGAUGGAAAUGGGGAAAUUGACUAUGAAGAAUUUAUUGCUUUAAUGUGUCCCUCUGCCUCAGAUAUCAUUGAAAAGUUUAGAUCUAAAUAUAGAAACAUAAACGAUGUGAAAACUGCUUUCAAGAGAUUUGACAACAAUGGAGAUGGAGCACUAUCAAAAGCUGAACUUUCUGCUGCAAUGAAAAGCUCUGGUGAAUCAUAUUCUGAUGUUGAGGUUGAUGCCAUCUUUUCUCUUGGAGAUGUUGAUGGUGAUGGGGAGAUCACUUUGGAAGAGUUUAUCACAUUAAUGAGUCCUUCAGCAUCCCAAGUUGUUCAGAAAAUAAGUAAAUCAUUCAAAAAUCUAAAUGAUGUCAAGGAAGCAUUCAAGAGAAUAGAUACAAAUAAUGAUGGUUUGCUUAGUAAGGAUGAAAUGAGAACAUCACCAGGAAAUAAGUUUGACUCAGAGGAGAUUGAAGCUAUAUUCUUAUUAGGUGAUGUAAAUGGAGAUGGUGAAAUAGAUAUGGGAGAGUUUAUUGGAAUAAUGUUUCCUUCUGCUGUUGAGGUUGCCCUUCAGGUCAGCCAGACCUUUAAGACCAUUGAGGAUGUAAAAGCUGCAUUCAAGCUUCUAGAUAGAGAUGGAGAUGGUGUUGUCAACAAAAGCGAGAUGAUGGGAUCUGGACACAAGUUCAAUUCUGCCCAGGUUGAGGCCAUUUUUGCACUUGGAGAUACUAAUGAUGAUGGAGCACUUGAUCUAGAGGAGUUUAUAGCUGUUAUGUGCCCAGCUGCAAUGACAGUUGUCUCUAGGUUGAGAAUUAAAUAUAAAAACAUCAAUGAGGUAAAGAAGGCUUUCCUUAGCAUGGACACAAACAAAGAUGGUGUGCUUAGUAAGAGUGAGAUUGCUGGAAGUGGAAAAUUCAAUGGACAAGAAGUUGAAGCUAUUUUCAUUCUUGGAGAUCUGAACCAGGAUGGAGAAAUUGAUUUGGAAGAAUUCAUUGGGCUGAUGUGCCCAGUUGCUGCAAUGGCAAUUGCAAGGCUUACAAGAAACGUAAGAAAUAUUUCAGAUGCUCAGCAGCUCUUUAAAGUUCUUGACAAAAAUGGAGAUGGAUUGAUUAGCCAAGAAGAGAUGAGAGCCUGUGGGAACAGAUUCAACUCUCAAGAAAUUGAGGCAAUAUUUGCUAUUGGAGAUACUAAUAAUGAUGGAGAGAUUGAUCUCAGUGAGUUUGUUGGAGUUAUGUGCCCUGCUGCAUCUACUGUGGUUGGAAGACUCAGCAAAGGCUACAAAACCUUGGAGGACAUUAAACAGGGAUUUAGGAAGCUAGACAUUAACCAUGAUGGUUUAAUCAGCAAAUCAGAAAUGGCUCAAGCUGGAUUUAAUGAUCAGGAAGUUAAUGCCAUAUUUUCUCUUGGAGACAGUAACAACGAUGGGGAAAUUGAUGAAAGUGAAUUUAUUGCAGUCCUAUGCCCAUCAGCAUCUGCUGUUGUCAAUAAAAUAUCUCAAAUGUUGCAAGGUAAGACUGGAGCUACUGAGGCCUUUAAAAAGAUUGAUAUUAAUGGAGAUGGUUUGAUAAGCAGGAAUGAAAUGGCAACUGCAUCAUUCCAUGGAGAUGUAAAAUUAAGCAGUGUUGAGGUGGAUGCAAUUUUCAAGCUAGGAGACACAAACAAUGAUGGAGAAAUAGACUUAGCAGAGUUUCUGGCUGUCAUGGUCCCAAGUGCAGGUGUUUCUCGAAUCUCCACUGUAGCAAUUUCAUCUUCCUCUCAAUUUUCUUCCAGCUUCCAGUCCACAACUUUCUCUUCCUCAUCUUUCUCCUCAAGCUCUUCUUUCCAAUCUAGCUCUGUCUGCUCUGUAGGACUAACCUUUGGAAGUGUCCAUGACUGCAAAAUGGCGUUUAGAAGGUUUGAUACUAAUGGAGAUGGUGCUAUUGAUAAAGAAGAGAUGAAGCAAAUGAUGAGUUCUGCCUCAGGUAAAGCUGUAUCUUCUUCUGAGGUAGAUCAACUUUUUAAGAAAGGAGAUCUUGAUGGUGACGGUCAAAUUGACAUGCAAGAGUUUGUCAAACUUAUGUUUCCUGGUUCAGCAUCAGCCUUAGCAAAACUUCAGUCUUCCUUCAAAAGUCUGAAUGAUGUGAAAGGAGCCUUUAGAAAGUGUGAUAUUGAUGGUGAUGGUCAUAUUUCUUUAGAUGAGCUUAGAAGCAUGAUGACUUCUUUCCCUGGAGUUGAUGUUGAUGCUGUUUUUGCUCUUGGAGAUAAGGAUCAAUCUGGCAAAAUUGACUUUUCUGAGUUUAUUGCAAUGAUGAUUCCAAACUCUGGUUCAAUUCUAAGAAAAAUAGCAUCCAAAUUUUCAAGCAUUCAACAAGUCAUGGAAGCUUUCCAUAAAAUUGAUGCAAAUGGGGAUGGAGCAAUCAGUAAACCUGAAAUGAAAUCAGGAAUGAACCUGAAUGAAAACGAGCUUGAGGUUGUUUUUGCACUAGGAGACAUUGAUCAAGAUGGAGAAAUAAGCCUCUCUGAAUUUGUACGCCUUAUGUGCCCAGCUGCUGAAAGUGGACUUUCAAAGUUCAGAAACUCCUUCAGAAACAUCCAAGAAAUUGUUUCUGCAUUCAAAAGGUUUGAUUUAAAUGGAGAUGGAGCCUUAUCUCAGCAAGAACUUGUUAAUGGAAUGAGAUCUUGUCAAAUGAGCUUCAGUGCUGCUGAAGUUAAGGCUAUUUUUGCCUUAGCUGAUGUAAAUCAAGAUGGAGAGAUAAAUUUUGUUGAGUUUGUGUCUGCACUUUUCCCAGUAGCUUCUGAUGGACUUGCAAAACUUAGGAAUGCUUUAAAAACAUUAAGCAAUGUAAAGUCUUUAUUUAAGAAAUUUGAUGCUGACAGAGAUGGAGAAAUAACUUUCCAAGAGCUAAAAUCCGGCAUGAAUUCUGUGGCAAAGCUAUCAGAUGGUGAACUUAGGGCUGUCUUUGCAGUAGGAGAUGUGGAUGGAGAUGGAAAAAUUAGUUUCAGUGAAUUUGCUAGAAUGAUCAUCCCAUCUGCAGAUGAGACAAUUAGCAUUCUGAAGAAGUCCCUUGGAUCAGCUCAUGAUAUUGAACUUGCUUUCAAGAAGUUUGAUGUCAACAAAGAUGGAAAAAUCUCAAAACAGGAGUUGUCUAAUGGUCUCUCUGGAAGAGGACUAAAACUUUCCAAUGUAGAGGUUGACACAAUUUUUGAUGUUGCUGAUCUUGAUGGUGAUGGGGAGAUUAGUCUAGAGGAGUUUGAACAUCUUCUGGGCACAGCUCUUUCAUUUGGAAGAGUGGAAGAUGUAAAAUCUGCUUUCUAUCGUUUUGAUGCAAAUAAUGAUGGAAGCAUUGACAAAAAUGAGCUGAAGCAAAUGCUUUUCGCAACAGGAAAAACUCCAUCUGACCAAGAAGUCAACUCAUUAUUUCAAAAAGGAGAUAUUGAUGGAGAUGGAAAAAUUGAUCUACAGGAAUUUGUUAAAAUGAUGUUCCCAGCUUCCACAGAAUGUCUAGCAAGACUACAGAAAUCUUUCAGAAACAUUUCUGAGAUAAAGUCCUCUUUUCGGAAGUCUGAUUCUGAUGGGGAUGGUCAUAUUUCUAGAGCUGAACUAAGACAAGUAAUGUCCAAGUUUUCUGAGUCUGAUGUGGACUCUGUAUUUGCUUUGGGAGAUAUGGAUCAAUCUGGUGGAAUUGAUUACCAGGAGUUCAUCCUUAUGAUGCUUCCAAAUGCAUCGGCCUCAAUCCAAAAGCUGUCAUCUCAGUUUAGAACUGUAGCAGAUGCAAAAUCUGCCUUUAAAAGAAUUGAUCUCAACAAUGAUGGUCAGAUCUGCAAAGAUGAACUAAGAAAUGGACUAAAACUUAGCAAUGAUGAUGUUGAAUUAGUUUUUGCUGUUGGUGAUCUUGAUGGAGAUGGAGAGAUUAAUGUAGGAGAAUUUAUUAGAGUCAUGUGUCCCAAUGCUUCAAGUGCACUAUCAAAGUUCAGAAAUGCAUUCUGUAAUAUUGAGGAUGUUGUUUCUGCUUUCCGUACAAUGGAUCUCAACAAUGAUGGAGCUUUGAACAAACAGGAACUUCUGGAAGGACUGAACUCAUUUGGAAAGCAAUUCUCUGAUGAAGAAGUAAAUUGCAUAUUCUCUUUGGCUGAUAUAAACUCUGAUGGAGAAAUUAACUACGCUGAAUUUAUAAGUAUGAUGUUCCCUGCUGCCUCCACAGCUUUGGCCAAGUUUAGGAGAUCUCAUGUAUCCCUGAAAAAUGCCAAGGAGGCUUUUGACAGUUAUGAUAUUGAUGGAGAUGAGGAGAUAAGUCAUGAUGAGCUUGUUGAGGGUAUGGGAGGUGAAUAUACUGCAAAUGAAAUAAAUGCUAUAUUUGCAAUGGGGGAUACAGAUCAAGAUGGUAGAAUCAGUUUCCUGGAGUUUGCAAAGAUCAUGAUGCCAAGUGCUAGUGAAGCAUUGUCAAAGUUUUGGAAGUGCUUCAGCAAUAUAUCCAGUGUAAGACAAGCAUUCCAAAAGCUAGAUGUGGACAGAGAUGGUCAAAUUUCUAGACAAGAAAUUAUACAAGGAAUGUCUUCUUCUGGAUUGAAACUAACCUCACAGGAAAUAGAUACUCUAUUUGUGUUGGGAGACAAGGAUAACAAUGGUCAGAUUGAUUUCUCUGAAUUUGCACAGAUCAUGAUUCCCUCUGCAAAUGAAAGAAUAGCUAAGCUAAAGAAAUGUUUCAGAAACAGAUCUGAGAUUGAGGCAGCCUUCCGAAGAUUUGACACAAACAAAGAUGGAGCUAUAUCCUUUGACGAGCUGCGAGUUGGACUAUGCUCAUCUGGAAUCAACUUCAAUGACCAAGAGGUUGAAACAUGCUUUGCUGUAGCUGAUCGGGACUGCGAUGGUGAAGUUAGUUUGUCAGAAUUUGUUCACAUGCUUAGCAGUAGCUCCGGAUCAAGUGGGGCUGUGGAAAAGUUUCACAAUUUCUGUAUCAGUGUUGCCUUCAACUUCAUGGAUGCCAACAGGGAUGGCAAUAUUUCCUUCCAAGAAAUGUCCGCUGCACUACGACAGUCUAAUUUUAUGGAUCAAGAGAUUCAAACAAUUUUCGCCCUUGCCGAUCAUGACAAAGAUGGUGAAGUCAGCUUAAAAGAACUUCUUCAAGCACUGAAGAAGUAAUUUAUGAACUCCAAAACCCAGACAUUUGCUCAAUUAUUUCCAAGAAGAAGAAGAAAAAACAGACGGAAGAAAGAUUUUAUUCUUAUGAUUCAUGUUUGUAAUACUAUUUGAGUGUAAUUGUGAUGCCAAAAAAUCCCAAACAGGGAAAAAGACGUAAGGCACGAUCUUGGGCCAAUUGUAAUAUGUUGCCAUGUAAAAAGUUACCAUCUGGAAGGAGACAGAGUACCAAAUCUAAAUAAUUUCCUUGGAAUAUUUACAUGGCAAUUAUAUUAUAUUUGUGCCAACUUCCUGACUAAAUUUCACUAUUCCAUAUUGUUAAGUUAUUGUAAUUUAUUUUGUUAUUAUCCUUUAAAUAUUGGUAUGUCAUAUCAUACUCAUUUCACAUGGUUGGAUUUAAAUUAUAUAUGCUUGAUUUUUAACCGCUUUACACUGUAAAGAGGGAUUCCUUUUUAUCCCCCAACAGUUCCAGACCCUGUAAUUGCUCUUGUAAUAAAAGUAAACCUUUUUGUA